GGUCACAGCCUGAAGUAUAUAACCCAGGCAGGAGCGGCAGAAGAUGUAGAAGUCCUCUCUUCACCUGAAGACCUCUGUGCAAAUCAGAGCCACUUUCCAACGCCGGCAUCCUCCAGUGAUGAAGUGCAACCAUCUCCUCUCCUGGGCCCUGGUGCUGGUGGCCUCCGGCCCCCUGCUGGCUCACCCCAUCACAGAGUCUGCCGAGAUGCCCUACCCAGGACCUGUGUCGGUGGAGGACCGAGGCAUCAGCACGCUGGACGAUCUGGCUCUUUCUGAGCAGAGCUUCCCCCCACAGGACGGUGCUGGACUCAGAUAUUCCACUCUGAUAUCUGGGGAGCUGAACCGAGAUGGUGUCAGAACAACAGGCCUGCUUCCACGGGGGAUCAAGAGAGAGGUGCUACUGGAGAAACAAAGUCUCUUAAAUCCUUUCAGCCACGUGCUGGGAAUCCGGAAACAGUUCAGGAAGAGAGCGGGGAAUUCAGAGUGUUUCUGGAAGUACUGCGUCUAAAACUCAGCCGCUGAUGCUUCAACACACAG